AAGCGGGAGGCAGCUUACACACAUAAAUGGCCAACUGACAUCGCGCAUAACAUCAGCAUGGACGACGAUCAGGAUGCGGUAGUCUUCUCGCAAGAGGCCAUGCGUCAGCAUGAAGAUUUGAUCUUCCCGUCCUACAACUUUGGUUCAGAACCGCAACAUACACAACAUGCUCGCCAGGGUGGAUAUCCGACAGGGAACAGUCCGUUUGAUGCUGUUGGAGUCGCAAGCGGCUGUGGAGCGGAUUUCAUGGCCGUAGCUGCUGGCAGCAGGCGGCCCAAGGCGACGGCUCGGUCGGCGACAGGACGUCGGGAACCCAAAGGAAAAGUGUUCAGCGACCCUGUGCACGGAACAUUCAGGCUGGAUCCCAUUAAUGUUGCAAUCAUCGACACGCCCCAGUUUCAGCGACUACGUGAUCUUCACCAGUUGGGCCUUACGCACCUGGUCUUUCCCGGCGCGAUACACACGCGCUUCGAACAUUCACUUGGGACAUCCUUCAAGGCCUUUGAAGUGGCGGACCGCAUCUACCGCACCCAGGGCCGGGAGCUCGGCAUGGAGUUGGACGACGUGCGGCUCGUGUCCCUAGCCGGCUUAUGCCACGAUUUGGGUCACGGACCUUUUUCCCACGUGUUCGAGUACGAGUUCCUUCGUCGCAAGCGGCUGGGCGUGGAGCCAUACAGCGAGGAGGACAUCCGACUGAAGGAGUGGCACCAUGAAAUCAUGUCCACCCGCAUCUUGGAGUACCUAGUAGACGAGAACAACAUCGAGGGAAUCGAACAGGAGGACAUUCGCCGCAUCAGCGACUUCAUAAAGGGAGACGCGCACGAAGACAGAGGCUACCUGUUCGACAUUGUCAAUAAUAAGCGAUGCGGUGUGGAUGUCGACAAGGUGGACUACCUGCAACGUGACGCCAUGAUGUGCGAUGUCAACAUUGGCUGCGACUUCAAGCGGCUGCUUACGCUGACAAAGGUGCUUCAGAACCAGAUAGCCUACAAAUGGUCCGAGUACUCGAACAUCUGGGACCUGUUUCAUGCGCGAGAGUCCAUGCACCGCAAGGUGUACACACACAGGCAUGUGCCAGAGCGGGAAGGGGCCCCCUUGGGAAGGAACCCGGAAGUACGCCACCGGACGCGGGCUAAGGGCCGGGUGCCUGUCUGUAUGAAGACCAAGGCGGUGGAGUUCAUGGUGGUGGACGCGCUGCUGGAGGCGGACCAGGCGCUGAGGUUUUCGGACAACAUCGACACGGCCGAGGACUUUUGUAUGUUGAACGAUUCGCUACUAAACACGAUUGAGAACUUCAACGUACACCGCCGACUGGCGCCUCCGCUGGAAACGGAUGCAGAGACUUGCUUGGCUAAAGCGCAGGCCCUUAUCAGGCGUCUGCGGUGCCGAGAUCUGUACCGGUACGGAAACCAGUUUGUCGUACCCUACGAGUAUCUGGAAGACAGCCGUUGGAAGGACAUGAGCCGCGAGUUCACCGCCGAGGAGGUGGUGUCAGCGUACCGGGGCGGUGACGUCGCCCUCCGACCAAAUGACGUCAUUGUGUCUCAGACCAAAAUCGACUUCACGCAGGGCGGCAGAAACCCCGUGGACAAUGUGUUAUUCUUUGACAAUUCGGAUGACGAGACCGGUCACCACGCGCAUCCCUACCAGGUGGUGGGGAUCUUGCCCAGGUAUCACCAGGAGGUCCUCCUCCGCGUGUACACCCCCCACUCCGACACGCGGUACCAGACAGCCGUCAGCAGUGCGCUGGAAGCCUGGUGCCGGAAGCGGUUCGGGUCCAAGGUGCAGAUGGCCACCCCGGCGCGGGGCCGGCAGCAGCCGGCCAGCAGCAUGGCACGUGAAGUGGCCUUUCGCGAUGCCGACCCUCGACGGGUUACGGCGCUGCGCCUGCCAGAACCCGGCUCCGCCGCCAACGUCAACACUUUCGUAGCCGCUGCGAGCAUCUUGAACAGCGUCACCCUCGAUAAUGGUGGCGGCGACGGCGGUUUCGUGGUUGACAAAUGUCGGCUGCCGAACGGCCGUCCGGCAACGUCGGCCGCCGGUCCAAGCCGCGCCGGCGGUGUGGACACGGUCAUCAGCAUGGCUGCCGGCGUGGAGGCGGAUGUGAGCGCCGGGCGUGACGAUGUCAACGGUGACGGUGGCGGAACGCCGACGCGUUCCACGCCGUACAGCUCCGCCAGGAUGGCGCGGGUGGUGGACCCCGAGGCCUUGUUGGUCAGGAUGUGA